UUACCCAUUUCAUGACUACUUUUGUACGUGUCAAGUCUUCCUCAAUCUCGGUUGGGUUAUAAAUUCAAAAACGUAAAAACAAGAGAAAAACGAAAAGAAGAGAAGCAAAAUGAUAAGAAACCGAAUUGGUCGGUCUUGUGUGGGGCUGGCGUGAACUUAGAGAGAAAAAGAGGUUAAAAAACCUUUAUUUUUUUAAAAAAAUAAUUAAAAAUAUAUCACAAAACCAGUAGUUAGUUAAAAAGAAAAAAAAAACAAAAAAACGAAUUAAAUAAAAAGAAAACUCUUCGUGUUGAAGAGAGUUCCCUAUCUCCUCCAUCUCCCACCAUCUCCCCCAUCAUCUCUCAUCUUCUCUCUCCAUUACAUUAUGAGGAGAGGUAGAGUCUCUACCCCCGUCGCCGCCAACCACAACGCAUCCAUCAAGGAGACGCGCUUCAGAGGCGUGAGGAAGAGACCAUGGGGUCGCUACGCAGCAGAGAUUCGCGAUCCCUAUAAGAAAUCUCGCGUCUGGCUCGGCACCUUCGACUCCGCCGUGGACGCCGCACGCGCUUACGACGCCGCCGCUCGUAACCUCCGUGGCCCCAAAGCCAAAACCAAUUUCCCCAUCGAGUCCCCUCCUUCUCCUCCCCGAAUCGAUCCGUUUAUGGAUCAUCGGUUAUACGCCGGAGCAUCUUCCCGUCCGACGAGCAGCAGCAUGAGCAGCACCGUCGAAUCCUCCAGCGGACAGAGAAGCUCCGCCGCGAAACCGUUGUCCACGACGGCGAAGAGGUAUCCUAGGACGCCGCCUGUGGUUCCGGAGGAUUGUCACAGCGAUUGCGGUUCGUCUUCUUCGGUUAUCGACGACGGAGACGACGACAUCGCGUCGUCUUCGCGCCGUCGGGAGCCUCCGCCGUUUAAAUUCGAUCUUAAUUUUCCACCGUUGGAUGAUGUUGGUUUAAUCGACGGUGUGGAUGAUAUAUGCACCGAUCUACGUCUCUAAUCCACAGAUCAGUUAUUAUUGAUUAAUCGAAAACAAAAAUUAAUCUUUUUUUUUAUUAAGUUUCUGUUUCGUUGAUCUCAUAAGCUUGUUAGCUGGUUUCUGUUUCUUGUCUGAUGAUGAUAUUGUAAGAGUAUUGAUAUAUGAUUAUAUUAUUACACAUCUUCAAGUCUAAGUCCAUAAGAUGAAGAAAGAACCAUCAUCUGUGUGUGUUUGUAAGGAAAAACCAGAUCUGUUUUUUAUUUUUUUCUUUUUAGUUUUUAAUCUGUUUCUUGAGAAAGAUCAA